AUGGCUGACCGCUUUAAAGAGGCAUGUAGAUGUCCUUUCUGCUCCGCUCACCUCCAAAAACCUGUGUGUCUGAAGUGUGGUUACACCUGCUGCCUGCGAUGCGCAGACUCACUGCAGAGGGAGCCCGACGGGGAGGGUCUCCUGUGCCCUGGCUGCUCUGUGGUCUCUCAGAAGCAGGACAUCAAGCUUGCUUUCCAGCUGAGGGAGCUGGUGGACACCGUCAAGGAGCUGGAGCCCCAUCUGAGUGCCGUUCUGUACAUGAACCCAAGGACGCUCAAGUUCCAAGUGGAUGUGACCUUGGAGGAGGACACGGCCAACAGCUGCCUGGUGGUUUCGGAGGACCGGAAGACCGUCCACUGUGGGCUCUCCCCACAGACUCGGAGAGAGUGCCCCGAGAGAUUCGACUACUCGUUGUGCGUCCUGGGCUCCCCGGGAUUCACUUCUGGACGCCGUUACUGGGAGGUGGACGUGGGAAGCAGCAGAAAAUGGGACGUGGGGAUCUGUAGAGAGUGGGCUAAUCGCAAGGGGCUGAUAGAGCUGUCUUCAGAACACGGCUUCUGGACCUUGAGUUUGAGAGACGAUGACCUCUUCUGUGCCAGCACCGUGCCUUUGACUCGUCUCUUUCUGAAGCCCAGGUUAAACCGAGUGGGGAUUUUCGUGGACUUGGAUAUUGGGACAAUUUCCUUUUGUAACGUGACCGACGGAGCCUAUCUCUUCACGUUCACCAAAAUCUCUCCCCGAGGGCCUCUGCACCCAUUCUUUGCUCCGGCAGACAUAGCCUGUGGUGACGAAGUCUUCCUGCGUGUUGUCCCGUGA